AUGUCGAGAAGCCGCCAUCGCUCGAGGAGAAGGAAGGGGGGACCGGAGGGGACGGGUCACAACCCAGGGCGAAGCGAACGAUCAAAGACGGAUGACGACGGAGAGCUAGACCCAGCAGCAGAAAAACCAGCGGCCGGACGUAACAGGAAGGGCCAAGAGAAAGAGCGCGUCCCCCGUCGGACAAGCAACAGAGCAAUAAGGAGAGAUAGGUCCAGGCCAGGACGUGGCAGAAUACGGAAGAAGGGCAAAGCGGAGGGCAGGCGAGGGACAGGAACUCCAGAACCCGCGAAGAGGGGUAGAGAAGAAAAUCUAGAGAAGAACAAGGAAAGGACCUAG